AAAAUCCAGAGCAGCGCGAGGGGGAGUGACUCCAAGCGCGAGACACACACACACCGGGGCACCACGCGACUCCAGUUCAAACAAACCAGCGCGAGCCUCUGCAAACAGGAGCCGCUGCGUUUUCACGCUCUUACCGGUUAUGUAUUAGGUAUUACUGCACGUCUCCGAAAACGCAUUGGCGUUAGACUCUUGUGUUUGAAUAGGGUGUAUUGUGGCUGCUGGUGUAUUUUGAUUGAGGGGAAGCAUGCAGGCUCUCUAUCCCAGUAGCGGAGCCGUGAGGUGGGUCAGCCACUGAAUACGGUCCUGGACGUCCCAAAGACUUGCACGAGACCAUCUGAUCCCAGCUGAAGUGGAAUCCCUUUGAGCGAACACCACCGGACAAGCGCGUGUGUGUAAGAGAGAAAGCGAUAGUGUGUGUGUGUUGCCAUGGCUUUCACACUUUCGGAAAUCAUGGCAGCCCGACGACAGCAGCAACAGUCUCAGAGAGGAGGAAGAGGAGUGGUGGAGGUGGAUGAAUACAGCGCCAACCCGACUCAAGCCUUCACCUUCUACAACAUCAACCAGGGUCGCUUCCAGCCGCCCCACGUCCACAUGGUAGAUCCGUUACCCCAUGACACCCCCAAGCCCCCGGGCUAUACGCGGUUUGUCUGUAUCUCCGACACACACUCGCGCACUGACACUAUUCAGAUGCCGUACGGUGACGUCUUACUGCACGCUGGAGACUUCACAGAGCUCGGCCUGCCCAGCGAAGUCAAGAAGUUUAAUGACUGGCUCGGCACUCUGCCCUACGAGAUAAAAAUCGUUAUAGCUGGGAACCACGAGCUGACAUUCGAUCAGGAGUUUAUGGCAGACCUGAUAAAGCAGGAUUUCUACUACUUUCCUUCAGCCUCCAAACUCAAGCCGGAGAACUACGAGAACGUUCAGUCCCUGCUCACCAACUGCAUCUACCUGCAGGACUCUGAUGUUACCGUCAGGGGCUUCCGCAUCUACGGCUCACCGUGGCAGCCAUGGUACUACGGCUGGGGUUUUAAUCUACCACGAGGACAAGCUCUGCUGGACAAGUGGAAUCAGAUCCCAGAUUCCACGGAUAUUCUUCUCACACACUGCCCUCCUCUGGGUUUCUUGGACUGGGUGCCCAGGAAGAUGCAACGUGUUGGCUGUAUGGAACUGUUAAACACCGUCCAGAGGAGAGUUCAGCCCAAACUACAUGUAUUUGGACACAUUCAUGAAGGUUACGGUAUGAUGACAGAUGGAACCACCACGUUUGUUAAUGCCUCGGCGUGCACGGUGAACUUCCAGCCUAUGAACCCGCCAAUCGUUUUCGACUUGCCCAAUCCCAGGAGCUCAUGAUUGAACUGAGACCCGCCCACCGCCACCUUCUUUCAAUCAGGGUCCCUUUCUUGAGCAUAUACGGAUGCUGCGUAGUGUAUAUAGAGCGAGCGAGAGACUCUAAUUUGGAUAUUCCCAAGGAUAUUUUCAUCCAUUUUUGUGCCAUGUGCCGCCCUCAGACACAAAAUACUGACACAGAUGUUUGAACUCUUUUUCUGAACUUGACUCUUGUGUUGCACUUGAAUCGGCGUGACAAUCGCGUGUACUUAAGGUCAUGGAAGCCAAACUUUCUCCUCAUUGGCUGGCACUUAUUUAAGGAAUUUAAACCUUGUAGCCUCAAUGGACCUCUGACUCGGGAAAAAAAAAUCUUUUUUUCUUUUGCUCUGGAGUCACUCUUGAAAGUUACAGGAUGUGCCCAGAAGAAACAGUGCUUUGGUGCAAACAAGUUUGUUCAGGGUCUUUACCAUUUCCCUCUUUCUCUCUCUCUCAGUCUCAGUCUCUCAUUCUGCUUUUUCCUAUCUGCUCUGUUGUUAUAUGUUACUCUUUUGAACUUGAGGCCAUGUUGGAUUAUACACUGGGAGAAAUAAAUUGGCCCUAAACAGGAAUGUAAUGUUUAAAAUAGAAAUGGGAAAAAGAAACAAAAAAUGUGUCAGAAUUAGUGCUGUCAAACGAUUAAUCGCGAUUCAUCCAAAAGAAAAGUUUACAAAAUAUAUGUGUAUUAUUAUAUGUGUAUAUAUAUAUAUAUAUAUAUAUACACAUAAUAAAUAUACACAGUACACACACAUAUAUUAUGUAAACACAAACUUUUCUUUUGGAUGCGAUUAAUCAUUUGACAGUACUAGUCCGAAUAUUUUCCUGUGUUCUCCGCUUUUUCACACCUUCUUUGUUGUUCGAUUUACUGUAAUCGUGUAAAACUGUGAGUGUGUUUUCAAGCAAAUGGUCCUUUACUAAAGCAGUGUGGACUUUUACAGUAGUUUGAAGUGUUUAAGGUCAAAUAUUUAAAAUUUAUUCUAAAGCGUGCCGUUAAUGUCCCUCCUCCGAAUAUCAAAGACUCGUCAUGCGCGCAAAGUGCGCUUUCGCAUAACAAGAAUACGUUGCACUUUGAUCCACAUGCUCCCCACUAUAAUUUAUUAACAUUCCUCCUGGCGAUAAUUUAUUCCCAUGUGUUUUACAGCUCUUCAGCAUUAACUGUGUGUGGCAUUAGGCCUAAUAUGACGGUUCUGUUAGAUGUGCAGAGGGUUUUCAUCUCUUCCAUAUAAAUGGAUGAAUAAAAAUGAACAAAUCGAACAAAUUAUCACUCUGCGUGUGUGUGCGUGCGUCUGUGGACUCCUGUGUGUUCAUGCACAAUCAAUUGCUCCUCUUUCAUAGCCCGAGGAAAAGAAAGCAUCAGAAGACGGAGAGAUCGAAGAGAUAAAAAGAAAAAUAUUGGAAACGCCAACUAGGAAGGAUGAGCUGAUGUCUGGGAGACGGAUUUCUGUCUCAUCUUUAUUUAUUUUUAAGGGUUUCUUGCUGUUUGUACACUUGUUUGCAUUCGGUCAGAGGUGCUUCGCACUAUCAUGUGGCUUUCCUUUUUUUUUCCUCUCCAUUCAUUCGUCCCUGUAUUGUGGGCCUUUUCUUUGAAGACAUUGUCAUCAGGUUUACUGCUGUGCUCCAGUUAUUUUUUCCCAGCAUGCUGUUCUGAAUUUCCAAACAGAUUUUGUGGAUUGUUUGUUAAUUACUUGUAUUUGUGAAAUUUCAGUGCUAAAGAUAUCAUUCUUUUUGGUCAGUUAAUUUUAUGCCAUCUAAAGAGUUAUGGUGUUGAAUAAAUUCUAGCAGAGAGGAGUUCUCUGUCGAAACUG